UAUGAUUCAUUCGUUCUGCCUGUAUGCGGCCUUCGUGGGAACCCAUUGCGUAUAUAGUUGAGCAGCAGAUAUGCGAUCACGGUGUGUGAUGAUGAUGUUAUACCUAUAUGCUUAUAUGUAUAUACCUAUAUAUAUGUAUACAUGUAGAGUUCUAAGGAUUGGUGGCGUUUUUAGUGCUUGCAAGUCAAUAGCGGUCACGGGUUCUGAUUCUAGCAGUCAACAUGGUCAAUGCUUGAUUUGUCACAGCAAGAGCUGAUUAACCCCUUUAAUAUUGAUGAAGUCAUCACUCUCAAGUCGACUGAUCGAAGGUUGAAAAUGGAAUCUACGCAUUAUUUCCAUCUUUUUAUCGUCUGUCUCGCUGUAUUCAUUGAAAGAAUUUUGGCUCAAGGUGAAGGGGAUUUGCGGCUAGUUAACGGUACAUAUUCCGGACGUCUAGAGAUCUACUACAACUCAACAUGGAUGACAAUAUCGAAUAAAACAUUGAGAGGGUUUUCUUCUCGAGUGGCAUGUCGACAGCUCGGUCUACCCUUCACGGAGGCAGACUUUGUACGAGAUAAAAGAAACCUCACACCAUCUGACUCGGAGAAGGUUCUGGUGACGUGGAUGGUCUGUCAAGGAGACGAAGACAGACUUACUGAAUGCGAUAGGUUCGGCUGGAACCCUGUUCCGUUUCACACACACGAUGAAGACCUGGCCAUCCUUUGCAAAGGAGAGUUCAUCCCAACUGGUGUGCUCAGAUUAGCCGAUGGUUCGGAUCACCGUAGAGGGCGCCUUGAACUGUAUUCUGGGCUUCGUUGGACACCACUCUGCCGUGCUGGAUUCCAGGGACCAGAAGCGGUGGUGGCAUGUCGUCAACUAGGAUUCAAUACAUCCCAACCUUACAUCUAUAACGAUGACUACUUUGGCCCACCGUCUGGUCCCUACAGUAGCAGUCUUUACAUUGCCCAGUGCACUGGGGAUGAGGAGGAUAUUCCUUCCUGCGAUGAGUUGUACAUUGCAUAUCCAGAAGAAUGUAGCGUGACAGAAGGCUCUGUCAGCAUCUGCUGCUCCCAGGAACCAGAUUCGUGCAACCCCGAUCCAGUAGAGGUGGGUGAUGGCGAGACCCCGGGCGAGAUAGCAGGCAGUCUUAUAGCACUUGUACUAUUUUCAAUGGCGUUAUGCGCUGGUUUUUGCAUCACGUGCAAGAAACCAUGCUGUAGAUGUAAGAAGAAGCCCAAACCUCAUCAGCAUUACAAUGCAGUGUCCCUCACGGUUGCGAGUGGAGGUCAAAAUCAAUACCCAGAAGUGGCAUCAUCCACAGAUCAGAAACUACCUGUAUACAUUCAUACCAAAGCUGAUGGGACACCUGCUACAAGUGGUGACCCACCUGCGUCGUCUCCCCCUGCACCUGUUGCCGGUAAUACCCCAUACCCUCUGCAGACCAAUCCGUAUCCCUCUGGACAGGAUCCUCCAACAGCAGGUGCAUAUCCUGCACCACCUCCUCUACAACCAGGUUACAAUCCCACCGCUGCCACCGAUACGUAUCCACCUCCACCUUAUUCUGCCCCGGCUGCACCCACAGGGCCAGCUAAUGGUUCUUCAUCUGCAGAACAGCCGUAUCCGACCAAAGGAGGUGUAAAUCAUUCUUUACCCUCUCAUACAGCCAGUGGAACACUGUGCACACCUCCAAUGGAUUUGAACAGUGGGCAAGGGGAAAUUCCGAGUGCGCCUCCACCUUAUUAAAUGAUGGUGAUGACCAUACUGAGAUCUAUUUUAGCAUCGGUGUAAAUAAUUUUUAACACUAAAGAAACAAAAUAUGUAUCUGGACAUGUUAUUAUCACAACGUUGUAUCAGUAACAAUAGGCGAACACAACUUUCAUAUUUUUGUUUGAAAGUUUCGAUGAGUUUCGUUUGAAAUUAGGCAUAUCAUCAAUGUUUUAAGUAAUCCUGGAUUGGAUUUCCAAGACCAUGCAUCACUGAACAUCAUUGUUUUGAUGUAAGGUGCAAAUCGGCAGGUUGUACACUUUUACUGCACAUAGAAUGGGCAAAUGUUCAUGACAAUGAUGUUUACAGAUUUAUUCUCUUCAAACCUCCCGAAGCUGUUAUUCAAAAGCUAAUGGGAUUUCGAUCAAGAGAGAUGAAUUUAUUUUUACUGCUAACUCAGGGAAAUGAAAUUGUGAGUAUACCUUAUCCGAGGCACCCACUGUUUGUUAUGGCGAGACCCGUCAGAUAUUUGAGUGUGAGAACUGUGUCUAUUGAUGUGCAAUUUGUAAGUUUUAUUACUUUGUCUUGAUAAACAUCAUAUCAGGGAGUUUUCGCAACACUACACAGACGCUUUCUGGAACGUAUAGAAACUGAUGUCAAAAAGCCUUUAUCACAAAGCAGUCUUUGUCGAAAAUCGGUGAAUCAAAACAGCAGUUUCGUCCGUGAGUCUGUGUAAACGACAUAUUUCCAAUUCUUCGUCAGCUCUGAAUCUUGGGAUCUGGUGGGUGUUUCAUAAAGCUGUUCGUAAGUUAAGAGCGACUUUAAGAACGACUGCUGAUCCUUUCUAUAGUGGCAAAUAGUAUAUUAUUGGUGAUGGUUUAGCGCGUAUGAAAGGUUCACCAGUCGUUCUUAAAGUCGCUCUUAACUUACGGACAGCU